UCCAUCCGUAGCCUUUUCUGACGUAUCAAACAAUUAGUGAGUCAUGCUGACCUCUAAUAGACGAGGUUAGAAAGACAGAUGAGUGCAAUAAAGUGCAAGUGAACUGGAAAUUUUGUGAAAAUGGAGUGAAGGAUACGCGAGACACAAUCUGCAGGCUUUCUAUCAUGCCAUUUGAAUUGAGAUCAGGGGGUGCUGUUGGGCCCGGCGUGUCAGUCUCAACACAAGCAGACAUAGCGAACUCAACGAAGGGCUACGAGUCAGAGGAUGAAAACGCGAGUAGAAAGAGGCAGACGGUCUCCGACGACCGCCCAACCAGUCGAACAACAAUGUACUCCAAGCAGGAGUUCCGGGAACAAUACUGCAUCAACAACAAGCAACUGGAUCUGCUGGAACUGGAGAAGUCCAAGAAGGACCGAUUCCUCGGAUGUCUGUCACAGUACAACAUCGAGAGCCCCUGCUCCAGAACCAAUAGAGCAUCAUUUCUAUCCGUGUGUGUACGCCGGCGGGUACCCUCGGAUGAGAACCUCAACACCGAUUAUGCGCCCAUACAGCGGUAUCCCAGGUUUAGUCAACCAGCACCCACACCGCCUGAGUUGUAUGCACACGAUGCCGACCUGGAAUGCUCAUACUUUCGUCGGAGGCCGCGCUCCGUGUGCAGUCAGCCUGACCCCAAACGCUACACCUGGAUGCCGCCAGAAGAUGAAGACUUCAACCGGAUGGAGUGGCCACAGUCUGUAUCGGUAAUAGAAGAUAACGCGGGUUGGCCGCAAAAUUAUAACGUCGACCAAAUCGCGUCUGUAAGUCGAGGAGGCUCUCUACCUAGACCGCCUUCUAUAAUACCUUGUCCCGCACACACACCAAUACCACCGCCACCUCCGCCACCACCACUUACCAUACCACCGCACAGAACAAAGCACGUAUCAUUCGCUCGUUCUCACACCCUGACAACAUUCGAUGACUCCGUAAUGCCAGCCGCAGUAGGAACCAAUCGCUUCAGAAGGGAUUGCGAAAGACUCAUCGAUGGACGUGUUGUGAAGCCAGAGAAUAAGGCUUACGCAACACUGCCAGUUAUGUUCCAGCCAUUUACGCCCUACCCUCAAUAUGUGCCGGCGCCUGUUCACUACCCCCCCGUCACCCCGCUCCCUGCUCACCCAACACACUCAGCAACGUUGCCACGCACUUCGCAGUCUGAACACGCGAAAGUGCUUGUCAUUGACUCUAUAAAGAAAGGUGUUAUGCGAACUCAGGCAACACAAACAGAAGCUAGUAUAGGAAGAAAGGCAACUAACUAUUUGUCACUCAGUCCGAGAACAAUAAAAAGGGUGAAAAUGGUAGCUGCUGGUGUUCAGACAAAUGGAUUUACAGUUGGAGCCAGAAGGUUGACCAAAUCCUUUUCGGAGGUAGGAGGAGAAAGAUUAACUGGUCGUGAUUCUGAUUCUGAUGUUGCAGCUGUUAUUGAAAGCAUAAUGACCGGUGAUCAUGAAAAAUUGCAUAGAACUCAAUCAGAAGAACCCCCACGUUCCCCUCGCUCACCAACAUUACCUACGAAGUUACCACAUUCAUCUUUACAACGGGGUGAGUCGGACGACGUAACGUCAUGUUCUCUCAAAUCUGUCGCAUCAUCGCAAGUAGAUAAAUCUUCAGAGAUGAGUGCACUUCAAAUGCAAGCCCAAGAAUAUUUCCAGCAAAAUUUUCAAUUUAUCCAUGAGAGUGACAGAGACGACACAAUCGAGGAUGAAUUGGAGAUCUUAGAAAAUAAUAUGCAGUUGAAUCGAAAAAAUUUAGAAUAUUUACAACAGGAAAUAGCUAAACAAGCCAAAAUAGAUAGGUCGUUACGUUCCAUUUUAUCCAAAAGCACAAGUGAAGCAUCACAGAAAACAAUAAACUCGCACCCUUUAUCAAAAACAUCUACUUUUCAAUCUGAACCAUCAACUGAAACAUCUGCCACUACCACUGACGAUAGCGAAAAGAAUGAAAAAGAGAUAAUAAUUGACUUUGAACCCAGGCCAGACGAUGAAGCCAUUCCAUAUACAACAUUGCGAAAGAAAAACAGAAGAAUAUUGCAAAAAACAAUGUCUGAAGGUGAAAUACUGCUUGACGCGCGCAAAUCUGAAAUAAACUGUGAUGGCACCAAAGAUACACCAAUUAUUAUGUCAACAAGCCAAGAAAAUAUGACAAAAGAAGACAGGGAACGAGAAUCAACAUACAAACAGUACACUAUACAAAAUUAUGAUGAAACGCCAAUCAAGGAUGAAGGAAUUUUCCCUUAUGAACCAGAUGGUUCUUUUAGUUCUUCAGAAAGCAAUGCACCAUACGAAGACUUUCAUGAAAAGUAUAUUAGUUACAAGCAUGAAUCAUUUAGAAUUCGAAGCAUUAGCUUUGAAGAUAAAACAGAAAGUUUCGAUAAGGAUGAUAUACCACCAAGCAGUACUGCAAAGUCAAGUCCUGCAUCGCCGGAAACUGAAACGGUUGUAGAUGAACAAAAAGUUAAGAAAAAUGUUAUCUCUAAUAACGUCUCUAAUGUUUUGGUACCAUUAGAAAAAUCAUCGCCAUGUGCAUCUAAUGAAUCUUUAACGGUUGAUCACAGCAGGGAUCAAUCGGAUGGAUUGUGGAAUGAAUCUCAAACGACUGUACUACAAAUUGAUUCAGGAACAGACAAUGGUACGGUUGUAAGUUCGUCAGAUCUAAGCUCGUUGGCGGCGUCACCCGGGGCAUUAGCAUUACUCACACCAACAUCGAGACGAAAACAAUUACUGUUAUUGCAACACCAGCAGAGGUCAUCUUUAGAUACUGAUGCAUUAGAUGAGGAACUGGAUGCUUCCCAAAGCCAAUCACCUACAUCUCCACGAAUUAAAUUAGACACUUCAACUUCAAGUUCCAUCCAGCAAGUCAGACCUUCGCUGUCACCUCCUGCUGUAGUUCCUAAUAUAAAUUUGCCAAUGAUGCCAAUUACAAAGCAACCUCUUUCAAAAAUUUCUCCUGUAGCAUCUCCAAAAUUAAAUCACACCCCAGCAAUAGCAAUAACUCAUCCGAGCUUAGAUUUGUCUGAUGUACCUUUUAAAAGAACACCCAGUUUUAUUAACAAAAAACGAGAACGUGCCUUGAGCCCAUCUAGAAGACAAGAUUUGCAAAGAAAAGCACAACAAAAGGAACCCAAUGGCACGUUACCAAACCAAAUGAAUCAGACCCCAUCAGAUCCCAUAUUACCUAAAACUGGAAGCAGUGAUACAAGUUUAGCAAGAACUGACUCAGGAAAAUUAAAUACUGACGUAUCAGAAAGUACGACAACAACAGAGGAUUAUGUCACAGCUAAUUCAGAUAGUUCCAAGAGAAGUAACAGCAAAAACCAAAACCAAAGUCAAGAAAACAACAAUAAAACACAAGAAGGAUCGUCAUUUGAAAGUGCAUCUAGUUUAUAUUCCUCAACCAAAACAGAUUAUAUUGCCGAUGAUUUAAUUGUACCUUGCUUCUCACCGCCAUUAGAAAUAAGUAGCGACUUUAUUGUACCGGACCUUUCAUCACCUCCUUUGCCACUUCCUGACAAGAAAUACAAACCAUCCGUAGAGAGAAUUGAAGUAAAGGCAGAAAUUAAUCCAUCUGUAGAAUACUUAAAGAGAAAUAAGACUGAUAAUUUAAAAUCAAAUUCAAAGGAAGAAGAUGUUCCAAAAAAUAAAUCAACUCGGGACACAGUGAGCCUCAAGAGUAGUUCGAGUGGUAGCUAUAGUAUAGGGGGUUCUAAUCCUAACAUAUUAGAUAGCACCACUGAUAAAACUCCAGCUACAAAAAUGAAAGAUGUUCCAGAGAAACCAGAAUCUCAAGAAAUAAAAUCAAAAGCGGAGAAAUUUUUACAACAAGAACAAUUAGUUCCUAAAACUGUGGGUUCACUGUCCGACGAUGAGAGAAGUGUCCAUUAUUCCUCUUCAGGAUAUUAUGAAAGCCCAGCUGAUGAAGAUGAUGAUGGUGGUCUAACUUAUAAACAUUCACAAAAGUAUAGAUCUGCAAGCAGACCCAGACUUUGGCUGGCUGAAGAGAAACGAAGAAAGAAAAAAGCAUUUAUUUUAGAAUUUUCUAAGUCGUAUGAUGAUUCAAGAUCAACGUCGCAGGAUCAUUGGUGCAAUAAAAUCAAAGAGUCACAUACCAUUAACAAUAAACCAAAUCAUAAUUCUAAUACACCUAAGUCUCCUUUAGAAGAAAGUUCGCAGGAGGUAAAAAAGAAAAAGGCUCAUUUCGUUGAAAAAACAAAGAGUCUGCAGUCUUCCCCCAGGGAAAAUCUAGACAUUGGUAGAUCUUUCAAAGAAAAAUCGCUUAAAGAUAAGGAAACAGACAUCAGGCGACCUCUUGAACGAGAAAGACAUGUUAAAAGAACUAAAUUAAAAGCGAAGAGCCCAACUCAAAACAAAACAACUGAUAUUGGAUAUAGAACAGCAAAAUAUGAGAGACGGGAAGGUUUUGGAUCUACAAGUAUGAAAUUACAUUUAAAUAUACCUACUUCUGAUGAUUCUAGUGAACAAUACAAAAAAGAUGGUACAACAAAUGGCUCUGUAUCUCCUAGAAAACAUAGACGGCUACGUGAUAGUCCAAGGAGAAAAGGUGCUAAUUCAACAGUAGCUAAAUCACCAACAUCUACGCAUAAUAGUCACAGCGGUUACAGGUCCAGAAGAAAAAGUGGGUCAAAUGAAAGCAUUUCGCUUCCUGGAAGUCUUCCUCGAAGGAAACAAUCAAUUCCUACAUUACCUUGCAUGAGUUCUUUAGAAGCUGAAGAUAUUGAAACUGCAAGGACCUUAACAAACGCUGGAUCUAGGUUAACACCAUUGCGUUAUAUUAAAAGCCCAAAUAAUUCACCUAGACAUCGAAAACAUGAGAAAGAUGGAAAAUUUGGAAAAGCGGCAUCGGCAGAAUCUCUUCGAUCAGUAUCACCUGGUUCAGACUCUGUUUUUUACUCAGAACAGACUGAGAACAGCGCAACAGCUGACGGCGAAUCAAAGGCUCAUUGCUUGCAUUGCGGCAAAGAAGUGCAAAUAGUUACUGCUUCACAUGAGCACGACAGCCGAAACUCUAAGACUUCUCAUACCGAUGAAUCCUACGCUGAUGCAACACCAGAUAUAGUGCCUGCUCCAGCCGGGUUUGCAGACUCGCCUUCGUGUAUGACAACCAAGAAACAUUCGAGUGGCAGUCGACUGUAUAAGAAACUGGACAAGCGGUAUCGGUCGGAAGAUAAAUCGAGACACCAUUACCGUCAGAGACAGGACGUUCGUGCCAAGUCAGAAGAAAGGGGAAAAGAAGAAUACGCUAGUGAGAAGCCACAAGAUACAAGAAUCGCUCGCUCAGCUGGGAACAGUCUUGAUAAACUCUCUUCCAAUGCUGACCUCGAUGAACAAGAGGAAUAUUCUGGAAGCUCAGACGGAGCAGAGAGUCGUGAUGAAAAAGGCGUAUAUGCAGCGCCCUGGUGGUGUGGAAAUUGGAUCCUUCUGUAUGAAAAUGAUGACCAGUGGACAAGAAUACCACCAGAUAUAAUAUCAACGACGGAAUCAAACUCGGAAGAUCCAACUGAGUCUGAGACAGAGUUCACCAAACGUUAUGGCGCGCUCACACAUCGUCUGGUUCACAGACGAGCCUGCAUUGAACUUCAUCGACGUCAAUGCAACAACACUUUUGAGUGA